AUGGCCUGCUGCGCUACCAGCUUCUGUGGGUUCCCCACCUGCUCCACGGGUGGCACCUGUGGCUCCAGCUGCUGCCAGCCAAGCUGCUGCCAGUCCAGCUGCUGCCAGCCAAGCUGCUCCCAGUCCAGCUGCUGCCAGCCAAGCUGCUCCCAGUCCAGCUGCUGCCAGCCAAGCUGCUGCCAGCCAAGCUGCUGCCAGCCAAGCUGCUGCCAGUCCAGCUGUGGAACUGGCUGUGGCAUUGGGGGUGGCAUCGGCUACAGCCAGGAUGGUGGCAGCGGAGCCGUGAGCUGCCGCAUCAGAUGGAGCCGCCCAGACUGCCGCGUCGAGGGCACCAGCCUGCCCCCCUGCUGCGUGGCGAGCAGCACACCCCCAACCUGCUGCCAGCUGCACCAUGCCCAGGCCUCCUGCUGCCGCCCGUCCUACUGUGGGCAGUCCUGCUGCCGCCCAGCCUGCUGCUGCCAGCCCACCUGCUGCCAGACCACCUGCUGUGAGCCCAGCUGUUGA